AAAAAUAAACCUACGUCGUUUCUGCUAGUUUUCCAUCCAUUUUUACAACAAAGUUUUAGAAGCGAUGGUGGCUUCGAGAAGUUCAUUCUCGUACAGUACUAUCGAAAUCCCGUAAUCGAGAUUGGAUGCACAUGGCCGAAAGGUGGGAUGCAGUGCAGUCGAUGCAGUUAACCUACGAAGUGUAGUGGUUUGUAAUCAAUCUGUCAAAGGACAAACAUUUGGAUACCCUCAUCGAUGGCAACAUGAAGAAAGAGAAGACCGCUGAUAACAGCCGACCUUAUAAAUUAGCCCACCAAAUUCUGAGCUUAACAGGGAUAAGUUUUCAGCGGAAAAGUAUUAUUGGCUUUGUGGAACUUACCAUAUUUCCCCUCAGAGACAAUUUGAGAUCUAUAAAACUCAAUGCAAAACAAUGCAGAAUUUAUCGAGUCAGUUUGAAUGAUUCUUACGAAGCACCGUUUCAGUACUUUGAUCCUUUCCUAGACAUCUGUCAAGGCGAUGGCAAACAGCGGUCUCUUGACUUUUAUUCAAACCACCACAUAGCUGCAGCUCAGCGAGUUGACCCAGACAACAAUGCUGGAGAAUUAGUGGUUCAGGUUCCACCCGAUGCUGCUCAUCUAGUAGCUGAGGGUAGAGCCUUACGUAUAGGGAUAGAGUUUUCACUCGAACAACCCCAGGGUGGUGUGCAUUUUGUCUUACCUGACUGUGAGGGAACCUUAGCAGAGAGGGGUGCGCACAUGUACACUUACAGCUAUGAGAACUCAUCUCGUCUGUGGUUUCCUUGUGUGGAUAGUUUUGCGGAGCCUUGUACAUGGAAAUUGGAAUUUACGGUUGAUGAUUCAAUGACUGCCGUAUCUUGCGGAGACUUGGUAGAGGUUGUUUAUACUCCAGAUAUGCGAAGAAAAACUUUUCACUAUGUUUUAAACACUCCAGCCUGUGCUCCGAACAUUGCUUUGGCUGUUGGGCCGUUUGAAAUAUUCGUUGAUCCUUACAUGCAUGAAGUUACCCACUUCUGUCUUCCGCAGCUUCUUCCAUCUCUGAAAGUUUCUGCAAAAUACAUGCACGAAGCGUUUGAGUUCUAUGAAGAAACUUUAUCUAAUAGAUAUCCAUAUUCUUGCUAUAAGCAAGUUUUUGUCGAUGAAAUCGACGAAGAUAUUAAUGCCUAUGCAACAAUGAGUAUCUUGAACACAAAUUUACUACACUCUACAGCCAUCAUCGAUCAAGUCUACAUUACAAAAAAAGCAAUGGCACAGGCAAUUGCAGAGCAAUUUUUCGGAUGUUUCAUUUCAAUGCAAAACUGGUCCGAUACAUGGCUCCCAAAAGGAAUCUCAACAUACCUUACCGGACUUUAUGCCAAAAAAUGUUUUGGCAACAAUGAAUACAGACAAUGGGUUCAAUCGGAGUUACAAGAAGUGGUCAAGUAUGAGGAACAGUUCGGUGGCAUUAUAUUGGACCCCUCGCAGCCUCCAGCUCCAUUGCCUAUAGCUGCAAAUACGCCAGCUCCAGCUCCUCGAGUACCUGAUCCAGGAUUUUAUUUCCCCAUUAGGAAUCUUCAUACUAUGUCACCAAAGUAUAUCGAGGUACUUCGUAAAAAAGCUCACUUGGUCAUCAGAAUGCUGGAACAUAGGAUUGGUCAAGAGCUUUUGUUGCAGGUAUUCAACAAGCAACUAUCUCUAGCAGCUAACGCUGCACAACAGAAAAUCGACUCUGGCUUAUGGUCGCACAUGUUAAUCAGCACAAAUGUGUUCACUAAAGCAAUUUUCACAGUUACUGGCAAAGACAUGGCAGUUUUUAUCGAUCAGUGGGUUAGAACAGGCGGCCACGCGAAAUUUAGUCUCAGUUUUGUUUUUAAUCGAAAAAGAAAUACUGUAGAAUUGGAGAUCCGUCAAGACACAACGCACCAAAGGGGCAUUAGGAAGUACGUGGGACCUUUAUUGGUAAACAUCCAGGAACUGGACGGGACAUUCAAGCAUACUCUGCAAAUCGAAGGAACUGUAGCUAAAGCAGACAUAACAUGCCACAGUAAAAGCAGAAGGAAUAAAAAGAAGAAAAUUCCUCUUUGUACAGGAGAAGAAGUUGACAUGGAUUUAUCAGCUAUGGACGAUUCUCCAGUCCUCUGGAUAAGGCUAGAUCCGGAAAUGACUUUAAUGCGAGCUGUGCAAAUUGAACAGCCUGAUUAUCAGUGGCAAUACCAAUUGAGGCAUGAAAGAGAUGUCACUGCUCAAUUAGAAGCUAUCGAAGCCUUACAAAACCAUUCAACUCCUGCUACUCGGUUGGCUUUAACUGAUACCAUUGAGAACGAACAUUGUUACUACAAAGUGAGAUGCCGGGCGGCACAUUGCCUAACUAAGGUUUGUUGGUUCCUCCAUCGUGUCUUCAGUCAAGUGCUCAUUUCAUGCACAAUACCCAUAUUUUUUCUAUUUCAGGUCGCGAAUGCAAUGGUAGCAACAUGGGCUGGCCCUCCAGCUAUGUUAGCAAUAUUCAGAAAGCUCUUCGGCUCUGCGUCAUGUCGGAGGAUAAUAAAGCAGAACAAUUUCACUAACUUUCAGCAUUAUUUUUUGCAGAAGACAAUACCCGUUGCCAUGGCUGGCCUGCGUAAUGCUCACGGCAUAUGUCCACCUGAUGUCCUAACUUUUUUAAUGGACUUAUUCAAGUACAAUGAUAAUAGUAAGAAUCGUUAUUCAGACAAUUAUUACAGAGCGGCCCUGGUGGAUGCUUUGGGUGCAACAGUCACUCCAGUGAUCAGUGUGCAGCAAGGCACUGCCAUAACAGCUGAGUCCCUGUCUAUAGAUACAAAAGCGAUUCUUGAAGAAGUAACGAGGAAUCUAAAUCUGGAGAAACUUCUUCCAUGUUAUAAAUACACCGUCAGUGUUUCUUGUCUGAAAGUUAUAAGGAUUCUACAGAAGUUUGGCCAUCUUCCCAGUAAUCCGCAUUUAUUCCGAGCUUAUGCAGCUUAUGGCCAAUUCAUUGACGUUCGGUUGGCUGCUCUAGAAGCUUUGAUAGAUUUCACAAGAGUAGAUGGCAAGUGGGAGGACAUGGAGUUCCUAUUGGAUAUGGCAGAAAUGGAUCCACACCCUGGGAUAAGACACAGAUUGGUUAGACUUAUAGUGCAAAAUCCUCCCUUUGAAAGGGCCCACAAACAUAGACUGGACAAGCCAGAUUUAGUCGACCGAAUUUGGAAUUUAAUAAAUGGAAUGCUGUCACAUGAUACUAAGCUAAGAUGCGACUUAGUAGAUCUGUAUUAUACUUUAUAUGGGAGUAAACGACCUCUCUGUCUGCCUAUUCCUGAGCUUGCGGCCAUGACAAGACCUAGGAAAGCAGGGCCUCAUGUUAGCCCAGAGCGCGAGAUAAAACCAAAUCCACUGCACACAAACUUUGAAGCGCCAGUUGGCGUCGAAACCGCACCUAUUUCCAAUAAGCGAAAAAUGUCUCCUACCAGAGAUACGCCUGGUUCGUCAAAUAAUGUACCUGAUUACAUUCCUGACGUUAAAAGACAAAAGGAUGAAAAAGUUCCUGGACCAAAUGAGGGUAAAGUGAAAUCGGAAUACUACAGUGACAACUCCGCGUCUCUUCCUGGAAUUAUGGGAACACAGGGUCCCGUCGGUUUUGAACCAGGCAUGUUCAAAAAAGAGCAAGAAGAUCAUAAGCAUAAAGGGGACACGUCCAAUAAGGGUAAAAAGAAAAAGAAAGACAAGAAAAAGCAUAAGCACAAACAUAAGCACAGGCAUGACCAUAGACAUGGAAAAGACAAGGACAAAAAGGAAAAGGAGAAAAGUAAAGAGAGGGACAAAGAAAAGGAUAAUAAAGCAAAGGAAAAGGAUUCGAACAAUCUCAAAGUGAAGGAUGAGACAUUGAGUUCUGCAAGCUCGAGUCCUAGCCCAGAUGCUACUACGGCUACAAACGAAUUUAUUUUUCCCUGAAUAAAAUUCCCUUUGCACUUCAUUUGAAAUCUUAGAUAGGUAUUUCUACAAACUUUUAUCAACACGCAUAAGUUCUAUUUUGAAGUAACUCCGGGAUGUAAAUCACUAGACGAUUAUUGUAAAUACAACUAUUGAUAUGAAA